AUGAGGACAGAAGAGCACAAUCCGCUGAAUCGGCGACAUUCCUCUACGCUACACUAUCAGACCUUCGACACCCCGCCGCCGAAAUCUCGCGGAAGACCGAACUCCGGCCAAUCUGGAUCAUCAGGCGACGACUCGCAUCACCAACCAAGCGAUUCUCAAAAUGGAUCGGGACAUGGAUCUCCCCUGCCCAAGAAACAGAUGGCGGUUCUGGCGAUGAUAUCCCUCUGCGAACAGACGGCCUUUAACUCCGUCAGUCCUUACCUACCCGAUAUGGCGUCCUCCUUUCCCGAAGUCGAACCGGAUAUGGUCGGUGUAUACGUCGGAGCAAUUGCUACUGCGUUCGCAGUAGCACAGCUGAUCACAAAUUACUUCUGGGGCUGGCUAUCUGAUAGGAUAGGACGGAAACCGGUUAUUCUGCUGGGUACAAUCCUCACGGCGGCUUGCUUCUGCGCUUUUGGAUUUUGCAGAACGCUUUACCAGGCGAUCGUUGUUCAGGCGAUGAUGGGCGCCAUCAAUGGCAACCAAGGUCUGGUGUCCACAUGCUUGGGCGAGAUCACUGAUCGGAGCAAUCAGUCGAAGGCCUUCACCUAUCUGCCCGUUCUUUAUGGUAUUGGUGGCAUAACUGGACCUCUGUUAGGAGGCCUAUUGGUCUUCGAGCGGAACCCCUUUGACAAAAGCCAACCCAACCCCUUCCCGUACCUCAUGCCGAAUCUGCUCGCCGGUGGAGUCUUAGUUGUGGACUUUGUCCUGUCGAUAUUUUUCCUCGAAGAGAGCUUGGAGGACGCAGAGACCUUACCCGAUUUCAAGCAGAGAGUCCGUGCUUUAUUCGCGUGGUUGUGGGAGUGGACCAGCUCUGCAAAGAGCGCGAGUCGGGUAAAACCACCACAUGCUGGCAAUUAUCGCCACCUUCGUACGAGCUCGUACGAAAGUCAGGAUCAUGAUAGCGAACUAGACUCGGCGUCUGAGGUAUCGGAAACUCACCAGACCCACCAUGAGUCGUUGACACGAAGUGAGAUUUUCAAUCGGGAUACUGUGCUGCUCCUUUUGACCUAUCUCAUUUUCGCUCUUUGCAACGUUGCUUUCAACUCGUUGUUUCCUAUUUUCUCGCAAGCCCGUCCCCCACUUGGGCGUGGCUUGACCCCUUCGGAGAUCGGUCUUGCUCAAGGGUUCUCUGGCUUUGUUACGAUCAUUUUUCAAAUUUGCAUUUUCGGCAAAUUGAGAGAUAAAAUGGGAAAUCGCUGGUCUUACCGAGCGGGCUUGUUUGGCUUCGUCAUUUCGUUCCUGCUCAUGCCUUUCGUCGGAUACAAGAGCAAUGGGGCCAAUGGAAUAAGCGGGAAGACCGCGCUUCUGGCGAUCGAGUUGUGCUUUGCGUUGCUCGUCAAAACAGUCGCCUCAGUUGGCGGACUGACAAGUGCACUUCUACUGGUUACCAACUCCGCCCCGGAUAAUGCCGUCUUAGGAUCCCUCAACGGACUGGCUCAGACCCUUUCAGCCGCAGGCCGUGCAGUGGGCCCAUUCCUAUCCGGCAGCCUAUUCUCUCUUGCAUCCAGACUCAAGCACAAAGGAGAAGCCAUGCCAUUCGGCGUUUUCGCCGCCGUCUCCUUUGUCGGGUUUAUCCUGAGUUUCGGCAUCCGAGGCCGCUCCCUCGAAGCGGAAGACUGGGAAAGCGACAGCGACGACACGUACAAGUCAGACGAUGACGAAGCCGACGCGUGA